AUGAGGCAGAAUACAGAAACAGAAACUGAAAAAAUGGAGCAAGGAUCUCUGAAAAUGUUACACGUUUUGGUGUCUUCUCUGCUGUUUACAGCUUCCAUUUCAGGUGUCCUUGGAAUACCAUUCCUGACAGAAGAAUCAGCAAAUCAGUUUAUACGACUUAAACGACACUUACCAUAUUCUGAGAACUACUGGGACCCAAGCAGCAGCCAAAAUACGUGGGGAUACGCUGUGAUUGAACAGGUUAGCGAAUCAUGGGCAGCGUUGAGAGAGACAGCACAGUACUACAUGGACUUGAGAUCGUUUGCCUUUGAUCCACUGAUUACCAGUGACAACGUCAGAGCUUACAUGGACAUGCUACAGCAGUCUGGUACUCACCUCCAGCAACAGCCAAGGACGAGCAAUUGA